AUGGCGGUUUUUAGCCGUUGCUCUCGAGCUGCUACGGCGCCGACACGAAUCGCCACCGCAACAUUCGCUUACGUAAUUCGAGCUCUUUCCAGUUCUUCCUUUUGUUCUUCUUCGACGUUAAAUACCGAAACUGACCUCAAUAAUAAUAAUAAACCUGCCGCGUUGGGGACUUUGCAGAGAGAGCCGAAGGGUAGAAAUGUUCAGUGGGUGUUUUUAGGGUGUCCAGGUGUCGGCAAAGGCACGUACGCUUCACGGUUGUCGAAUCUUCUCGGUGUUCCUCAUAUCGCCACCGGUGAUCUUGUCCGUCAUGAGCUCGCUUCCUCUGGUCCCCUUUCUUCUAAGUUAAAGGAGAUAGUUAACCAAGGUAAACUAGUUUCGGAUGAAAUUAUAAUAGAUCUACUGUCUAAACGUCUUGGUGUGGAAGCAGCUAAGGGUGAAUCUGGGUUUAUUCUUGAUGGUUUUCCUCGGACAAUAAGACAGGCGGAAAUAUUAGAAGGAGUGACAGACAUUGACUUAGUGGUUAACCUGAAGCUUAGAGAAGAAGCAUUGCUUGCAAAAUGUCUUGGAAGAAGGAUUUGUAGUGAGUGUGGAGGAAACUACAAUGUUGCUUGUAUUGAUAUCAAGGCUGAGAAUGGGAGGCCUGGAAUGUACAUGGCUGCACUUCCUCCUCCUCCUCAAUGUGAAUCCAAGCUUAUUACCCGAGCUGAUGAUACUGAAGAAGUUGUUAAGGAACGGCUCCGCAUAUACCAUGAGAUGACUCGACCUGUAGAGGAUUUCUACCGCAGUCGCGGGAAGUUGUUAGAAUUUGAUCUUCCAGGAGGAAUCCCAGAAUCUUGGCCAAAGCUGCUUCAAGCUUUGAAUCUUGAAGAUCAUGAGGACAAGGAGUCUGCAGCUGCAUGAUGUUUUACAUUUCUGUACCAUUUGAAGUAUAUUUGCAAGGUAAAUUAGGUCAUUCUUUGCAUUCACAACAUGUGUAUGCAUAUUGAUUUUAUAAAACAGAAAAGUCAGAGAGAAACAUUAAAUAUGCAAUAAAGCUAGACAUGCCUGAAACCCUAAACUACAUAACAAGGUAGUUUUGUACUGGUUUUCUGGAGAAUUGUGUAAAAUGGGUAAGUAUUGUUUGGUGGAGGAAGGGCUUUGUUAUUUGACUACUCAUGGUUUGUUCCAUAUAUCUGCUUACUGCCGGUGCCAUUGUCAAUUUGUUGUAUAUUUGUGUUAUGCCAAGCAUUACCCUUUGAGAAGGGAACUCAAAAGAUAGUAGUCACUUCCAAUUAAAGUGACCAAACAUUUUCUUGACAAAAAUAGAAAUGUCUUGGAACUGUGGAAGGUUUAAGCUUGAUCUCUUUGUUAUGGAAAUGUGUGACCUUGGAACCAUGUAUCAGGAAAUAGAGAAUUGAAUCUAAACACUUUCAAGCGUUUCUCUACAAUUCUUUACAGUUGUUAAUUCUUCUACAUGUAUGAAACAUACUUAGGGUACAUUUGGCUGGAGCAUAUUAUCUACAAUUAUUGUAUUACAAUUAACCAAUCACAAUUUAGAAUUGUGUAGGAUUCAGUGUGGAACCCACAUUUACAUUAGUGUAUUCUUACAUGUUGUGAUUGGACAAUUGUAGUAUUAUAAUAAAAAGAAUUGUAGGUGAAAUGCUCUCGAGUUUGGCAUUGUGGGUUGAAUUAUAUAAAACUAUUACUUGGAAAGUUGUGAUUUUUUUUUCAAAAGAGGUCAUGGUAUAAAGGAAUAAGU